GUCAUGCAGUGACGGAUUUUUGUGAUGAUGUGAUUCUGACUUUGAUCACAUUUACCUAACAGCACAAUUCCCAUUUUUCGCCGGAACAGAGUUUCAAACUGAAGUCAUCUGUUGCUCUUAGAAGGACGAAUGGGAAUCCGUCGAGUUUAUUGUCGUGUGGAGGAGACGCACGGUCGACCGGGGAUCGAUGGCGAUACUCCACGCACCGGAGUUUUGGACCAAUUUCGGAGGAAGGCAAAACUUCUCGAAGAGGGCGCAAUCAAUAUCAAGCAAGUCCAUCUGUGUGGAAGGGCGAUGCGUCGGAAAUAUUUCACGUACGUGAACAAAUGCGCAGCAGCUAGCUCGCUGCAAAAAAUCAAGCCCUUGCGCCUGGGUGGUCUCUCGCUCCGGGGCCAGUGCAUGAACUUCGGCACGUCGAAAGCGGUGGCGCACCGCGCGUUCACGCAAGCAAUAAGCCCGGACAUCCGUGAGGCCUUUUUGAAGUUCCAAUCUCCGGCUGAGCAGCAGCUGCGGAGGCUAAAGGUGGAAGAUGAGGCGCAGUUCCACAGCUUGGUCGCCGAGGCCGACGGGGGCGCGCUGGCGUAUUUUGGGGAGCUCGUGGCGGGAGCGAAGACGCGGCACCGCAAGAAGCUGCUAAAGGAAAAUCGGGCCGUGCUCUGCCAAGAGUUCUCUUCGAUGAUCACUUGCAUCGCACUAAGCAGGCGCAAGGCCGCCAUAAGAGGGAAGGCGAUUGCCCGGCGUCUUGUCCGAGCGUUAUCCGCGAGAAAGCGGAUGGUCGCUCUGCGCAAGGGGAUGAAAAAAGGCAGACCGACGGGAUCGAUCAAGGGGCGGGCAAGGAAGACGGAACUCCUUGCAGCGGAGUCCAGUUUCGCCCGCGGGAACAAGAAGGAUCCGCGCGCAAAGGAGAGCAAAGCUUCAGAAGCAGAAAGUGGGGCACUACACCACGGUAAAGUCGAUUUAUUGGAACUGAGUACAGCUGCAGCUAGUAAUGAGCCGAAAAAUUAUGUGCUGACAAAAAUCGGCCUGGGAAAUAAAGGUGACGCAAAGGCGGGCAAGAAGAAGACGAAGAUCGGCAAAAGAAAUGACGAAAAAAUCAACAAGCUGGCGGCCAAGAUUGUGGCCAAGCUCGUGGCAAAGAUCGCAUUACGUGUGAAGCAUUCUCAGCGAAGUCGUAGGUCGCGUGAAGGUGCGGGUGCAGCGCGAGCGGCUGCGGAGAAGGCCUCUGAUCGACUUGAAGUGGGAGAUGGACUAGAUGCCGCUAUGGUCGUGAAGAAAGGCACUAGCGCAAGCGCUAUCGAUGAACAAGUAGGAGGUUGUGCGAAUUCUUGCGGAAUGAUGCAGCUGCAGAUUGGUGAAGAGAGGGAAAAAAUACGACCCGAAAAGAGAAGAGCGCCCACCUCUACUCUAGUUCUUCGGGAUGAAAAUGCAGCGGGUUCUUCCAAGAUUAGUUUCAUCUCCGAAAAAAAGAGUGUUCCCACCCCUCCCUCACAACCACAGGAUCCGGGUCUGCAACCAGUCGCAGUCAUACUAGCAGAGCACUACAAAAAGAGAUCGGCCUGUUUAACUUUUCAUCAUGUUGCUUCAUUCGAUCAGGAUCCUGUUCCCGCAAGUUCUUUGAGUUUUGUGCUCUCGGGCUCUUCGCUCGUGCCCAAGAUGCCCGUCUCAGCAACAUCGCGUCAUUGCCAGCCCGAUAGCAAAAUGCUUGUGGCCAGUGCCAAGCAGAUGAAAGAUCCGGCUCUCCUGAAACUAGACGUGCCAGUUGUGAAGGACGAGGCGUUAAUACCUCCGAUCAAACUCGAGAAGAUGAGUCAGAACGUCGUUUUCAGUUUUCCGGUGGACGAGAUUGGCUGCAGCAUUCCUAUUGUAGGAGACGAAGAAAAAGAACAAGACUGCUCUCCUACCACGAAAGCCUUGAUACCUCCCAUUAAGGAUGAUAUGGAUAAGGAUAUUCAAGAAAACAAGCCUCCGGACCAACCAGUGCUGUUAGCCCCCAAUGAUUGUGACAAAAGAACCAAGCCUGACCAGAAAGCAGACCUUCCCAUUAGCACCGACCGCGUUGAUAGAAGUAGAAUCCUCGAAGACCGCAAUGCAGACCGCCGGGCAGACGCAGAUGACCAGAAGGUUUUCAGCUGCAGGUACAGCCAGCUCCCGCCGCCUGUGCCGGGCCGGGUGUUUUGGAGACUGCGAACCCCACCUCAUCCCCCGCGGUCGCCCCGGUCGCGCGAUCGUGCGCCGGCCCGGCUGCCGCUGGGGGGCCGGCGGGGAUCGCGCAGGUUUCGGGACGGGAAGCUCGUCCCCGGCCGCCCGCGCGAAAACUGCUGCUCCCGCCGGCGCCGGGUUGACCGGGAAACGCCCAGCGAAACCCGGAACCGGUGGUAUCCGCGGAAGCCAUAGUACCAGUAGGGAUGCGCCACGCUGUUGCUGUCCCACCGCAGUCGCUGACCUGGUCGCCGGGAGGCAGCGCGCUGCGCCCUCUAGGGCUGUCGAUCUUCAUCUUCCAUGUCGGUCCGAGCUUGUGUUUUAGCAAACGCGUGCGCUUGCUGUUCUACACAGCAAAACUUAACCAUUCUCCUGGAAUAGAUAACGUUCGUGCCGAUGUUUCUCCCGUGCUCCGCCCCGAUGCACGAGCUGUGUUGUCUGUCUAUAUUCGAAAGACCAGCAUAAUUUUAUAUUUUUCUAGUUGCGAUGCGUCACGUAUUCGGCACAUCUUUGUGAUUAUCUGCAGCACCUGCUGAGCUUGAGUAU